AAAAACAAUUUAUUCUUAUAAUAACACACUAAAUGCAAAUAAAACUAUUAAUUACCUUAAAUUUCAAAAACAAACAAAAAGACAAACACAAUGAAAACUUAUUUAAUUGCAGCUGUAUUUCUAUGUGCCGUAUUUGGUCACACACUCGGCCUAUUCGGUAGUAAUGGACACCAAUUAUUUGAUUCAAAAGUUGGCAACACUACCGAUGAUUGUAAAAAAGAUGCUUGCUGUUUGAAAAUUAUUGAUGAUGUAUUUAAAUGUGUUUACGAUAAAGAGGAUAAAUCGACAAUUGAUAAACAUAUUAAGGAACGAAAAUUUGGUUGCUGUCUUAUGGGCAUUCAAUUUGAUUGUGCCAACACACUUGCCAAGACCAAAUGUGAUAAAAAAGAUGCCGAUAAAUUGAAAUCAGAAAUUGACCAAGUUCGUGAUUUAUUCGAUCAAAAUGAAUGUAAAGAUUAUAAAAUUAAAACUGGUGUUACAAAAUGCGAAUGAUUUAUAUAUUUUUAACUAAUGUAAAAUAUUAGUAAAUAUUACCAAUAAUAAUUUUAUAAGCAAUCAAUUAUAUAAUGAUUUUUUUAAAUAAU